AUGUUACUCUUUUCAUUGUCACUUUCACUUCAAUCUCUAAUAGAACAUCAUGAAAUAUUUACAAUUAUUUUAUCAUUCUGUAUAAUAGCUAAUAGAAAUCUUGUUGAUUAUAAAAAUAGAGAUAUUCUUUUCAUUAUUAUCACUAUUAAUAUUAUUAUCAUCAUUAUUAUUAUUAUUAGUUUUAUUAAGCAAGUUGAUUUAAUUCUAACAAUCCUUCAUACAAAAAUGUCUUCAUUAUCAAAAUCAACACUCGAAUUUGACACAUCAUCAAUUCAAACAAAUCCUAAUGCUGAAAAUUUUCAUUCAACAAAAUCAACUAUUUUUUUCAGUGAAAAAAAUUUCAAUCGAAAUGCUAAUGAUGUUCAUGAUGAUCUAAGUAACGAAAAUAAAUUUUUACAUCGUUCAACGCAGAGUUCUAUGGAUAUACCAAAGCGUCAACAUUGUUUUUCUAUAAAAGAAGAAGAUCCUUCUACAGGAAAUGAGCCUAUUCGAAUUGAAAGUGCUCUUUUAGCUAUUAAUGAUUAUCCCUAUCAUGCAAAACAUUUGAUACUGCAGGAAUCGCAGCCCAUUAUUAAAAUACAUAUGAAUAGAACAAUUGAUCGCAUUAAAAGAAAUGGAGCUGGAGAUGAAAAUUUUUGUUCUUGUUUAAAUAAUAAACAAGCACAAACUCUGACAGUGAAAGACAGCAAUCAUUAUUUGAUACUCGAACAAGUACCUACACGUAAUCGGCGAACGCUUCAAUUGUCAUCAAAAACACUUCUUAUUAUUAUUAGUAGUAGUGCUUUUAUAUUUGCUCUCUUGCUCUGCUUAACAAUGGUAUUUUUCACGUUAUAA